ACAAGUAUGAAAUGGGUAGUUUUUCGGGGGUUGUGGUUUGGGCUAUAGCAACAGCAACCACAUCAUAAAUUAUCAAUGGCCUCCCCUACCUUGAAUUCAAGACAAGACAAAACAAGAAUGGCAAACAGCUGCUGAAGGUGCAUGAAAAGUAACCAAGCAACAAUGGACCACAAGAAGAAAACAGCACUUGCCACACCAGUUGGUGUAGAAAAUCAAGCAUUAAGAGAUGCUGUUAGUGCAUCCCAGUUUCAACUAUUGAGAUGUCAAGAAGAGCUAAGAAGAACAAAGGAUCAACUGAAGUGUCUCAUUCAUCUUGUGAAAAGAGCCUGGUCUGGUGAUGUAGAAGCUUCAGUCCAUGUCGCCAAUAUUGUUGGUAUUGCACCACCAGAUCUGCAGUUAAGAGGUGACACCAAUGAAAUUGUGGCUGUGCCUAAGUCAGCAGCGCUUAAUCAUUGGGCCAGCCUUACUAUUGGGUUAUUAAAUCGAGAAUAUACUAAAGAUGAAAAAGACAGAAAGAUGAGGCAACUCAUGUAUCUGAAUGAAAGAGAGCAAUUCUUGGAUCAACAGCUUAAUGGGUUUGUUCAGGACCCAGUGCUGCGCGAGGUUCCUGAUGCAGCCUCAACAUUGUCAAGCAAUUUCUUGAGAAACAUGAAGGAAGAGCAAGACCUAAGAGAAAAAUCAAGUUUGGAACUGCAAACUGAAAUACAGGUAAAGAAGUCGAAUCUUGCACAAAAGCAAAAGUUGUUUAGACCACACUCUGUUUCGACUGUCAAAAGAAGUGAAGAAGUAUGCAGUGCUGAUGGUGGAUUGACAGAUUUUUGUUUGAAUGCAGAAUCAUCUUCGCUGACACAGAAGAAGAUUGUUAACACCAAGACUCAAAAUAAUGUCUCCUGCAACAAAGAAACCUCUCCGGACCAGUCAAACUCAACACCCCAAGCUUUUAAGCGUCCUCCGCAACCAAAAACGUCAAAGAAGGUAGACAACAAACAACUUCGAGUUCAUGUGGCAAAAAGAAAGCCUAGGCCAUUUUCAGCGAAAGAUGCUAUGGUAUCAACAUCAAAGAGCAACUCUGAAAUGCUGAGCAAUAAGAGACGGACAUCAUUGGAUAGUUCUUACCGGAGGAAUGAAUAUAAACUUGACCGCAUUGAGAAGGAAUUGAAAAGAACCACAUCAGAAUUGCAGAAAAAAUUAAACAUUGAUCCAAACGGAUUUCUGAAGUUUAAGUGAGGUUCCCUCUUGUCUAUUAUCUGAUCCGGGCAUUUUUUAUCUUUAUAUUUGGCAAAAAUGGAUCAUAGAAUUGGAAUCGUCAUGUUGAAAUUAGUCUGUGCUGAAAAUUUCAAGUUGUUUGUGCCGUCAGACAGCGAAUUAACCCAUUUUCAAGAUUUAGCUUUUCCUAUACAUUUCAAUGGAAUUUGUUGCUGUAGUAAAAUUUUUUCAAAACUAAAUAUUCAAAACAAAGUAACUCGUGACCAAACGGUCCAAACAGCAUGACGUUUUCCGUAUAAACUAAUUUAAAGAUGAAGAUUUCAAUUCUGACGUCAAUUUUUGAGAAAGAUCCAUAGAUAGCGAGAUACAAAAUCAAUGACGUCAACCCGGAACGGAGAAUAGAAACUUGUCAGAGAGACUAUGUUUGAUACUCAUUACAUUCGUUAUAUUGGACUCAAAGUAUCAGGCUAUAAGUUUAUUUUGAAGCAUGUCAAGUAAAAAUUAUCUACCGUAAUGCCUCGAACAAGCGCCCCCUCAAAUAAGAGCCCCCCUUGAAUAAGCCCACUCUAGAGGUAAAGUUAUUGAAUAAGCGCCCACCCCUCGAAUAAGCGCCCACCCCUCGAAUAAGCGCCCAUCCUUCAACCUUCAGAAACGGGGCUUAUUUGAAUUUUCAACGAAAACAUAAUUGGAAGGUAAUUCAAAAACAAGAUUAAUGAACAACACAAUUUGCACCCAAAUCUUCUUUCUAAAUAAGCGCCCCCCCUCGAUUAAGCGCCUCCCUCGAAUAAGUACCAACCCUGGAGUCUCAAAAAUUAAAUAAGCGCCCGGGCGGUAGUGAUUUAAAGGUGAGCAAACUAUUUAAAGAAGAAAACAUUUCUUCAUCCCAGUAAUCAUAGCUUUAUAAAAUUCGUUUGUUGCUACCUUUGUCAGUCGGUCUCUUCGUGUUGUUGAAAAUAAGAAUCAUAUUUCUUUGUAUAUUAUUAAACCACCCCAUGCCACUUUCUAUGAACAUACGCUGUUAAAAUAUUUAUAACGCAUUAAGACAAUUUAUUGGCAGUUUUUAGUUGUUCAUACUACUGCUGUAUAAAUCCUAUAAAUUAUAUAUAAUAAAUAUUUGAUUAUAGAUAAUUGCGAAUCUUGUUAUUAGUUCUACCGAUUUAAUUACAUAUUCUAAUAAUUAAAUGAUUGCUUUGAAAAUAUUUCAAUUUACGUGAAUAUUACUCUUGUAAAGGUGCCAUCAUUUUUAUC